CUAGUGAUUGUCUUGCCACUUAGGAUUUAUGUUCAAUGACUGCUUUGUUUUGCGUUGCGCACGAAAUGUGAAACUAAAGUUGAUUGCGUGUAUUUAAAUAUAAAUAAAGUAGUUGUUUACACUUAAUAAGCACGGUACACAAAAGCCAAGAAGUAUACGACGAAAGUUUACCAGACUUUCCGAGUAAAAUGGCAAGAGAAAAAUAUUGCAAAGAUAUAUCCAAGGAAGUCCACGAGUGCAAAGUGAGAUGGAGGUCGGCGAAAGCUCGCUGUAGACGGCUACAAUAUCGCACUGCUCCAGACGGAAGGCUAAAGAUACGAUAUUUUUGGAAGUGUGUGGGUGUGUGCAAUAUAAACUAGUAAGUAAGCUUGUAGGUAGAAGCGGGGCUAAAGUUUUUCGCUGCCCGACUAGUUCGACUACACACACAUUUUUCAUCUUUUUUUCCUCCCUUUUCUUCCUUCCGCCCUUCCUUACAUAUAUCAUAUCAACAAGAAAAUUUUUUUUUGCUCGAGAAUAACUAAACCUGUCCGCGAGUCUCAUUAUUCGUUAGUCAAUAGUUAAUACAACAAAAAAAAUUGUUUUCUCGCAUAGAAAUAUAUAGCAAUAUACUUUAUGUAAUUGUCCUUUUUUUGUAAAUAAAAAUGUAAAUGACUGCUUUAAAAUUUUAUAGUGCUUGAAUCGUGAACCGUGAUUGGGUUUUGUUUUCAUGAAAAUACAUUACUAUUUUAACCGUCAAAUGCGACGCACGCACAAACGUUGCCAAGCGUUAGUUGUUUCUCCUCCCUUCAUCACACCGUAAAUUAGUUUUUGAGAACUUCCCAGAGAGAAUAGUUUGUCCUACAUUUCACAAGCCUACAGUUUUCAACAGUUUCUGAAAACACCUUAAGGCUAUAUAUUAUCCUAUUAAAUUCCGUCAACAUUACAUAUUGUAACUAAAAACACGAGUCAUUUUAAUUUUAACAAGAAAUUUCUUAGAAAUAGUUGCUGGAAAGAGCUAAGUGAUAUUACAACUGUAGAUAACCCCGUUUCAUAACAUAAAUUAAAUCGUCUUUCGUAAGUCAAUGAAUCAACAACAGAUAACUUGCUGAACAAACUGCAUCAUUGUGUCUGCCCCUAAGGAGGUCAACAUAGUAGGCUAAAAAUUAUUUGAAUACGACAAGAUAAAGGAAGGUGGUUUGACUUAGUUUCCUUAAACUCCACAAAUGGCAAUGAGAGAAUGAUGGUCGGAUUCAAUAACAAAUCAGCUGGUAUGCUACGGAAUUUUGUGCCGAAAUUUUACAACGCAAGACAUUGUAAAAAAAGUUCAUGUUUAUUAGAAAUACAAAGCAAAGGUAAAAAUUUUAAAUUACAUCUUUAAGUGACAUCUUAGUAUAUUAAUUUUAGUCAUUAAAACCCAGUAACCAAAUUAAAACAUAAAAAAUAUAUUUAAUAACAAAAAUGACAAAAAUUGCCAAAUAUUGGCUUCUGCUAGAAUCUAUGCAGUUUGCUGCAAUAAACGAUAAAAAAGAACAUGGAGACGCACAAUAUUUGAAGGAGUCAUCCUUAGCUAACGAUAUGCAACGUUUGUCUCAUAACAUUCGGGAAUUUCGAAAAUAUAUAAAAUUACCAAUGAAAGAUUUGGUUCGUCAAUUGAUCGAAGAUUUAAAUUUAAAGCAUAUUCUAGGCGAAGCUGUCGAGCUGGGAGAAACGGAAGAUUUUGCAACCUUGUACAGUUUUUACGGGAUUUGUAUGAUAAAAGAAAUUGCAAAUAAUGUUAACUUCAUUAGUAAUGCUAAAGAAGAUUUGGUAGCAGAACGUCAUAAAUGUUUGUUCAUCGCUUGCGUUCAAGACAUAGCUCAAUGGAGUUUGCAGCAACACUUACAUCCAAAUUUUUACAAAGGAAGACCUGCCUUGUUCUCCAGGCCUCAUGAUAAAAAAACGAGUUUUAAAAAUCUGGAAAUUUAUAUUGGAGGAUUUACACACGUAUUAUUUAUUAAACCUUUACAUAUUGGCAAAUCUCUAGAUGAACCUAUUCUGCAAUACAUGGCUGGUAUUUUUAGUUUAUUAAUGGCCUUUGAAGAUAAAGAAUAUGUAAUGGCUGACCAAGAAAUCAUUAAUAAGACUGCAUGCUUACAGCGCGUUUGGUUAUCUCUGCCUAAAGCUUUAUAUUUUCGAAACUUAAUGCUAAUGAAAAACAAUAAAAUUUUAUCAUCUUCCGGGCAAAAGAUUUUACAACGCCAGUUGUUAGUACGUCUUUGGUCGCCGGGUGGUUUCAACGCAGUAGUCUUUGCUUUGGCUGAAUGUAAAAAUGAAGAACAUUCGUUGGAAGAACUUAUUUCGCGUUUAAUUGCUCAACCUGCUUACUCGGCGAAGGCUCAGAAAAGCUUGAUAGCGCAAAUCCUUAACUUUUUGCAAUCAUGUGUGGAUAACCAGGAAUUGCUGCAAUAUAUGGGAGUGGGCUUGUUGUCUCUGCGGCGACUUUAUGAUCUUAACGACGAAAAUAAAACCUUUGUAGAAGGAUGGUUACAAAGUCAAUUACACAUUUUGAUUCAACCAAGCUGCGAAAAAGACUUCGCAAUAAUGGAUUGGUCUAAUUUCCAGAGCCUCAUAUCCUUCCUAUUUCAUCUUUUCUGUACUUCCACCGUAGAGUGCUUGCCUAGUAAUUUGUUAACGUCGUAUCUAAAUCUUAUAUUGAAUAUCUUUUAUCAUGUGCAACAAUAUAAUAAUGUACAGCUUUUACAGGGGCAAUUGAAAGCGUUAAUUUUAAAAUGCCUGCACAAUCAAAACGCCAAAGACUUGCAUAAGCUAAUUGAAGCUUUAGCUCUCCAGAGAACUGAUUUCAAUGGAUGGUUUGCUUUAAAUGAUUGCAUACGCUUUGAUGAAAAUCCUUUAAAUUCACAAGAUUUAAGAAUUAUUCUUACGUCAGAAGGCCCACAUCUUUGGGACCCUCUUCCCGCGUUGGUUAUUAUUUUAAAAUCUUCAACUUUUAAUUUGCUUACCUACAAUAUAUUUUUAAUAUUAUUUCGUCUCUUACCUAAAUUAAUGAAAGAAGACGAAGAAGAGAAGAAAAUAAGUGAAAGCAUGGAAUUAUUACAACCGGAAGAUCUUCAGCAGACAAUAUUACGGGAAGUUAAUAGCACGUAUGCAGGAAGAUUGCACAUUAUAAAGGCUUUGGAGUCUCUUGUGCAACACCAGCCUAUGAAGUGUAUGAUCAAUGAAAAUUGCAGUGAAUUGCUUCGAUGUCUUGCCGAUAUUCUCAUAAAUUUCGCUGAGCUCAACAAGCACCUUGUCGAAAUAAAUGAGUCGACUUUGAUGAUAACCUUAAUAUUAAUUCGAGAAGUUAUGCAAAUUUCUACGAGCAGUAGUGACGAUUUUCAAACAGUUUUAUCCAAGCCGCUGCAUAACCUCUAUGAAAACAUUGAUCGUCAAAGUCUAAAAUAUCAAAUUUUAUCUUUAUUACAUCUGUUGCAACGGCAAAAUAACCUGAAUGUUAGAUAUGAACCUUUGAAAAAUCAAUUUGAAGAAGCUCGUGGUCUAGUGGAAGCGAAAGAGUCCUACCUACAAGUGGAGGGUAUUGAGAAACUAAUAAAACUCGUAAAUUGCCGAGACGCCUACACCGUCAGUAAUGGUCACGCUGUAGUAGCCAUGGCUUUAAAUACUUUAAAAUCUCCAGAAUCCUAUACGUUCCUUAAUUGUGUUCGUCUGUUUACAGCCUUAGUACACGUAAUGGAAGUUGAAAUUUUGGAUUUGCUUGGAGAUGAAUAUAUUGCCGAUUCUAGUACUCUAGAUUAUCGCCUUGUAGUUGGCGAAGUUAUUUUAAAAAUAGGGCGUGAAUUAGGUCCUUUGUGUUAUAAAUAUAAAUUUAUUCUCUUGAAUUGUUUCAUGAAUGGCUGUCGUUCACAUCUGAGCGAAUUUCGAUUAUCUGCCUUUUCAAAUUUAGCGCAAUUGUGUAGAAUACUUACCUAUCAAGUCCAUCAAUAUUUUCAGGAAUUGCUUCACUUAAUUGAUUACGAAAUCACUUCCGGUAAAUAUUUGCCCGCGAAAAGAGCUGCUGUUUUGGUGCUUAGUGAUUUACUAGAAGGCAUGGAUAACCUCAUCGAUUAUGAGGAAAUGCUUUUACCCAUUUAUCGACUAUUAAAAUAUUUGGCAUAUUUUAAGCAAAGUGAUGAACAGAUACGUGUACAUGCUACCAAUGGUUUAAAGAGCUUAUCAGAAAAGUGCACCAAAUUACUGGAGGAUAUUACUGCAUCACCUCUGGAAAAAGAAAUUAAAAUCCUCGGGUUAAAAGACAGCUCUAAACCAGGUCUAAAGAAACAUAUACUUGUAAUGAAUUAAAUAAAUUACAUUUUUGCUAUAUGUAUGAAAAAACAAGCAAAAAACGCAUCGACAUAGAUUUAAAACCGGAUCGAGUGAAUGUUUGAACUAAACAAACAAUACUUUUUAUAAGAAAAAUAAUUUUUUCCAGCUGAAUUAAACAAAUAAUACUUUUUAUAAGAAAAAUAAUUUUUUCCAGGUGAAGAAAAUUGUCAGCAGAAAAUCGAAAUAUAUUUGAAACGUGAAAAAAGAAAAUUUCGAUCAUGAAGAAGUAUCCUCUUUUGCUGAUUGACGAUUAUUUUAAAUAUUACGCUGAAUUGUGAUAAAAAGCCCUUUGAAAGUGUGCAAAAGUGAAAACAUAAUAAUACAUUGACAAUUGAAACUCAACUAAAACAAAACUAGUAACUGUUAGUGCAACGUAGCUGAGAGAAAAACUGCGUUAUAUUCAAAAAAAAAAAAAGAAAAGAAAACAAGAACUGACACGUCUGAAAAAGUGAAACACCGCAAUUUGAGAAAGCAACCUCGUUAGCUCUUACUGCGGAAUUUAUUUCACCCGAAGUACAUCACUACAAGCCCCGACUGCAUUCCAUUUCAUAAUUUGACUCUCUAUCAUCCCUAAGGCUAUAAAACUCAAUCUGCGCAGUAUGGUUUUUCACAGACACUAUCUCUCUCAAAAGUGGGGACAUUAAAAUCCCCAGAGCCAGAUCUUAUGCCCACACUAUUGUUUAAAUACACAAUAAAUAUAUACACUGGAUAAAUAUCCAGCUUAGAAACAAUUCUUUGCCACUAAUAGAACUCGGCCAAGAUUUGUAUCAUGAUUUCUUUACCUUGGAGAUUUUUAUCAUCUCUAACAAAAAAAUAAAAUUGAUUACCUCCGAUGCGGCUACGGAAUAUUCUAUUGUCGUCAAUGCUUCAUUUUACGAUAUUUAUAAUAUUUGCAUUCCAAACGAAUCGCUUGAAAUCUGUGUGGUUGCUUCCAUCCUUCAAAUUUACUCAACUGCCUGUCCCAAAAACCUACUUAAAUUCGGACCCCUCCCUAACUUCUGCAAAGUUGCAGAAGUCAUGCGCUUCUGCAAAUUUGAAACUCCAACUCUCCUGCGCUUUUUGACGCAGUCCGCAUAAGUUUUUCCGGGAAUGUUUUACCCUCUCAUAUUUGUUUGGAAGGCUUUAACUUCCCGAUCAAACCCUAUGUCGAACCAAUUUUACAAUGCCGCGAAUGGUGGUCUUUCGAUCACACGGAUAAAAUAUCCUCGCGUCAAUCGUCCUUUGCGUAAGCCUUGAAUGCUCCUCCAAUUGGUCUCAAGCUAAAAAAUGCUUCAGCUGUAAGGGGGAGUAUCCAUCUAGAACUUCUCCAUCAUAUAAGAGAAUUGUAAAUUUAUAAAAGACGCAGCGAAUUGUCUUAAGCUACAAGUUUACUCUUUCUCUCGGAGUACAUACGCACGUCUAAAUUAUAGUAAUAACGAUUUCUCAAUUUCUCUGGAGAGCUUCCCAAAUAGUCU